AAUUCAAUUAUCCGAUUCCUCUUAGACAAGAUAUCAACGGUGGAGGGUCUGUGGUGAUCAUAUAGGUUGCGCCAGAGAAUUGCAAGUGUCAUGAUGACAAUAAGUAUUACAGGCAAUAUCGACCGUGUUCACUACGAGUCUCGACUUUCAGCGUGCGCGCCAUUUGUAAUCAUUUCCGGGCCGCCUUUAGAGAAUACCUCUAGCUACGGAGGCCUUGCUCACCGUCUUUUGGUCCAUGCUAGGUUCCAAAUCUAUGACAAGCGGAAAAUGAUCGAAAGCAUCAGCCUUGUCAUACUCGACGGAGCCAAGGGCGGCAUCCGCAUAACGGGCGUGAGGCUGAAAUUUUGCGCUACAAUGGUGCCUUCGUGGUGUGACCGAUACUCUACCGCGUCGACCACUCUGAUGUGGGAGACGAUCCGUGCGUCGAAAAGGCAUUUGGAGCUACGCCAAUGGCAGCAACCGUCUAGUCCAACUACCUUUUCAACUUUGAACUUGUAUCUGAUGUCCUUCAUGAUCCAUGCUCAGUGGGCCUGGGUGAGCUGUUGUUGCUAGUAGAAGGAUGUUGACACCGUCGACUCGGAGAAUCGAGAUACCCCGAAUUAGUACCCGAAGAAUGGCUGUGCGACAACGUCGCGUUGUUUGAAUCUCUACCGAAGUCGUGAUUAAAUUCUUGUGCGAAGUCAAAUGUGACGUACGUCUGGGAUCAUAAUCUUCU